CAAAAUGGUUGUAGUUCUUUGAAAGUUAACCGCACAUACUUUAUUCUAGUUAAAACUAAAUUUAGGGAAAUUGUCACCCACCCAGACUAAGUAAAUCACUUUCGAAAGUCAUAAUUAGUCUAUUCAACUAUUAAUUUAUUAUACAUGAAGCAAAGUUUCCUGAUUGUGCAUAAUCUUUAAUUUUAUCGAGCGAUAUAAUGGUAUUCUUUCGAUUUAAACCUGACCACUACCCAAUCUAUUGGCAAGUGGCAGUCGCUUGUGCAGGAACAGUGACAUAUUUUGUUUCGGCCAUUCCACAAACUCUCGGCUUAUCACGAUAUAAAAAGUUCCUUCAAAAAUAUAAGGAUGGAAAAGAAGAAGGCUUAGACGACGAGCUAAAUGAAAUUAUUCAAAAAUUAGGUGUUGAACUCGAUCUGGAAGAGUCAACAAAGCAAGAUAUUCAGCCGUUUAUUACAGCUAACAUGAAUCCUAUCACAAAAGGAAAUUUAGAGUGGAGAUUUAGUGCUAUAAUUGGUAUUCCUGCAACAUUUCUUUGUAAAUCCGUUCAAGAUGUUAAAAAGAGCGACCUAUUAGUAGGCGGAGAAGAAAUUAAUUGGGAAUCAAAAGAUGGUCAAAAUCUAGCAGAUGCUUUAACCCUAUCUUAUCGCGCCAAAGCUUUCGCAAUAGCUAGAGAAAUGGAGUAUAGUUUGUCAAAUAGCAUAGUAAUUAUAUCAGCUAUAAGAUCUUUGGCAAUUAUUGGAGCCUAUUGUACUGGACACUUUUUUAAUGAUCGUCUCCAGUUAAAAGCUCGCUUACCUCGCCAAAUGAGAGUUGGAAUGUACACUCUGUUUGCUGGCUUUUAUUUUUUGGCAUACGAAGUUUUGAAAGACACUUAUAUCUGUUUAUUGGAAGCAAAAGCCGAUCGUGAAGCAGCAAAAUUACAUCCAAAUAUUGGAAAAGGAGGUUUAGAAUAUUAUGAAAAACUACAAAAAAGAAAUAUUGCUUUGAGGAAUUUACUAAAAAAAGAAGGUGAAGCCUACUAUUCUUUAUUUGGAAACGAAAAGCAUAGUUUAAUGAAGCCUCAUUUAACGUUAACUGAAAGGACUGAUAUAGUAAAAAAUAUUGUUGAUAGUUUUGAUUAUGAAAAAGAUUUAGAAAGACGAAAUGCUUUAAAAGAAAGAAGAAAUAUUGAUUUAUUUGCUAAUAUGAGAUUUUAG